AUGGUAAAGUCUGAGUUUCGCAUGUUCGUGCGGACUGCGCCCCAGGCGGAGCUCAAGAAGCGCAAGGGGCUCAAGACCUUCACCGCCGAGGACGGCGAGCAGGUUCCCCACGAGGCUCUGAAGGACGCGAAGGUCGUGGUCCACGCCGAGUCCUACUACCCCUACCAGAAGGACAUCUCGCUCAGGCUGGCGGACGCCAAGGAUCCGGAGGGUUCACUCACGGGCAGCGUCAUGCUCAAGGCCGAGACCGACGGCGUGUGCGAGUACGCCGACGACUUCGAGGUGGCAGCGCUCGCCGAGGCGAACGAUUCCCUUACCGAGAUCGGUCUGCCCACCAUUCCCACCAAGUACACCCUCGUUAAGAUCACCGGCAAGAAGAGGGAGGUCAAGGUCGACCCCAAGAUUGCCAAGAAGCUCAAGGUUGAGUACUGGAACGCCACCGUGAACGUCAUCAAGACGGCGCACGGCCGAGGCCGAGGCGGCGAGCUGGUGGAGGAAUGGACCAUCUGCGCGCUGAAGGGCGACAAGAAGUCGGUGGCCGCCGCGAUGCCCGAGUUCAAGGAGGCGUGCCUGAGCAUCAUGGGUAAGGGUACCGGUAAGCUCCCGGCGUGCAUCACGUGCGGGUUCGCGGAGUUUAUCACCAAGAUUGCCGGCUGCGUCAAGCCCCCGAGCAUCGAGAUCAAGAACCGCGCCGCCCCCGGCGACCCUCCGCUCCACAUCCAGAAGAAGAAGCGCAAGGCGGGAGACGUUCCCGCCGGCGACGCGGACGACCUCCCUCUGAAUAAGCUGCAGAAGCAAGUCCUCCCCUACUCGGGAAAGAAGCGCGGGCCCAAGUCCAAGGCUGAGAAGGCUCUCGCGGCGAUGGCCGCGGGCGCCGCCGACGACGUUCCCCUGCUCUUCAUGCUUCCCAAGAAGCCCAUGCCCGUCCUUCCCAAGAGGCCCCCGAAGAAGGACAAGCCGCCCCCCAAGCCCAAGAAGCUUCCGUACCCCGGAAAGAAGCGCGGGCCCAAGACCAAGGCGGAGAAGGCGGCCAUGGCGGCCGCCGCCGCCGCGGAGGCGGAGGCGGACGACGAGAUCUCUCUGAUUGACCUCGCCAAGAAGAAGAUCCCGUACACUGGCAAGAAGCGCGGGCCGAAGACCAAGGAGGAGAAGGCGGCCAUGGCGGCGGCGGCCGCCGCCGCGGGCGAUGACGUCACUCUCGCGGCACUCGCCGCCAAGAAGCCCUACACCGGCAAGAAGCGCGGGCCCAAGACCAAGGCGGAGAAGGCUGCCAUGGCGGCGGCGGCGGAGAAGAAUGACGAGUUGCCCCUCUCCUCCAUGAUCAAGUCCCCCAAGAAGCGGGGACCCAAGCCCAAGGGCGCGACGGCGGACGCGACGACCCCGCCGCCCAAGAAGAAGGUGGCUCAAUCGGGCCCGAAGAAGUCCGGCAAGAAGGUCAUGGGUUCCCUCGGAGACGAGUAG